AUGACAAACAAAGGCGAAGGUGCAAACACAGUCACACGUGAGGAUGGCCCAAGUGUACAGAGUAACCAGGCCUCUUACGGCUACAGCAACCAGGCCGCCCACAGCUACAGCAACCAGGCCUCCUACGGUUACAGCAACCAGGCCGCCCACGGCUACAGCAACCAGGCCGACCAUGGCUACAGCAACCAUGCCUCCUACGGCUACAGCAACCAGGCCGCCCACGGCUACAGCAACCAGGCCGACCAUGGCUACAGAAACCAGGCCGACCAUGGCUACAGCAACCAGGCCUCCUACGGCUACAGUAACCAGGCCGCCCACGGCUAUAGCAACCAGGCCUCCUACGGCUACAGCAACCAGGACGCCCACAGCUACAGCAACCAGGCCUCCUACGGCUACAGCAACCAGGACGCCCACAGCUACAGCAACCAGGCCUCCUACGGCUACAGCAACCAGGCCGCCCACGGCUAUAGCAACCAGGCCUCCUACGGCUAUAGCAACCAGGACGCCCACGGCUAUAGCAACCAGGCCUCCUACGGCUACAGCAACCAGGACGCCCACAGCUACAGCAACCAGGCCUCCUACGGCUACAGCAACCAGGCCGCCCACGGCUAUAGCAACCAGGCCUCCUACGGCUACAGCAACCAGGCCUAUACGACUACAGCAACCAGGCCGCCCACGGCUACAGUAACCAGGCCGCCCACAGCUACAGCAACCAGGCCGCCCACGGCUAUAGCAACCAGGCCUCCUACGGCUACAGCAACCAGGCCGCCCACGGCUACAGCAACCAGGCCGACCAUGGCUACAGCAACCAUGCCUCCUACGGCUACAGCAACCAGGCCGCCCACGGCUACAGCAACUAGGCCGACCACGGCUAUAGCAACCAGGCCGCCCACAGCUACAGCAACCAGGCCGCCCACGGCUAUAGCAACCAGGCCUCCUACGGCUACAGCAACCAGGCCGCACACGGCUACAGCAACCAGGUCGCCCGCGGAUAUAGCAACCAGGCCUCCUACGGCUACAGCAACCAGGCCGCCCACGGCUAUAGCAACCAGGCCUCCUACGGCUAUAGCAACCAGGCCGACCAUGGCUACAGCAACCAGGCCUCCUACGGCUACAGCAACCAGGCCGCACACGGCUAAAGCAACCAGGACGCCCACAGCUACAGCAACCAGGCCUCCUACGGCUACAGCAACCAGGCCGCCUACAGCUACAGCAACCAGGCUUCCCACAGCUACAGCAACCAGGCCGACCACGGCUACACUAACCAGGCCGCCCACAGCUACAGCAACCAAGCCGCCCACGGCUAUAGCAACCAGGCCUCCUACGGCUACAUCAACCAGGCCGCCCACGGCUACAGCAACCAGGCCGACCAUGGCUACAGCAACCAGGCCUCCUACGGCUACAGCAACCAGGCCGCCCACGGCUACAGCAACCAGGCCGACCACGGCUACAGCCGCCCACAGCUACAGCAACCAGGCCGCCCACGGCUAUAGCAACCAGGCCUCCUACAACUACAGCAACCAGGCCGCCCACAGCUAUAGCAACCAGGCCGCCCACGGAUAUAGCAACCAGGCCUCCUACGGCAUUAGCAACCAAGCCACCCACGGCUAUAGCAACCAGGCCUCCUACGGCUACAGCAACCAGGCCGACCACGGCUAUAGCAACCAGGUCGACCACGGCUACAACAACCAGGCCGCCCACAGCUACAGCAACCAGGCCGCCCACAGCUACAGCAACCAGGCCGCCCACGGCUAUAGCAACCAGGCCGACCACGGCUACAGCAACCAGGCCUCCUACGGCUACAGCAACCAUGCCGCCCACGGCUAUAGCAACCAGGCCUCCUACUGCUACAGCAACCAGGCCGCACACGGCUAUAGCAACCAGGCCUCCUACGGCUACAGCAACCAGGACGCCCACAGCUACAGCAACCAGGCCUCCUACGGCUACAGCAACCAGGUCGCCCACGGCUAUAGCAACCAGGCCUCCUACGGCUACAGCAACCAGGCCGCCCACGGCUAUAGCAACCAGGCCGCCUACGGCUAUAGCAACCAGGCCUCCUACGGCUACAGCAACCAGGCCGCCCACGGCUACAGCAACCAGGCCGCCCACGGCUAUAGCAACCAGGCCUCCUACGGCUACAGCAACCAGGCCGCCCACGGCUAUAGCAACCAGGCCUCCUACGGCUACAGCAACCAGGCCGACCACGGCUAUAGCAACCAGGCUUCCUACGGCUACAGCAACCAGGACGCCCACAGCUACAGCAACCAGGCCUGCUACGGCUACAGCAACGAGGCCUCCUACGGCUACAGCAACCAGGCCGACCACGGCUACAGCAACGAGGCCUCCUACGGCUACAGCAACCAGGCCGACCAAGGCUACAGCAACGAGGCCUCCUACGGCUACAGCAACCAGGCCUCCUACGGCUACAGCAACGAGGCCUCCGACGGCUAUAGCAACCAGGCCGACCACGGCUAUAGCAUCAGGCCUCCUACGGCUACAGCAACCAUGCCGCCCACGGCUAUAGCAACCAGGCCUCCUACGGCUACAGCAACCAGGCCGCACACGGCUAUAGCAACCAGGCCUCCUACGGCUACAGCAACCAGGACUCCCACAGCUACAGCAACCAGGCCUCCUACGGCUACAGCAACCAGGUCGCCCACGGCUAUAGCAACCAGGCCUCCUACGGCUACAGCAACCAGGCCGCCCACGGCUAUAGCAACCAGGCCUCCUACGGCUACACAACCAGGACGCCCACAGCUACAGCAACCAGGCCUCCUACGGCUACAGCAACCAGGCCGCCCACGGCUAUAG